GUAGCGGGCAGUCGGUCGUACGUGCUCCAGUCUUCAGCGCCCGUCGCGGUCGUCGAGUUCGCGCGGGCUCCCCUGGGCUCCCCUGAGCUGCUCACUCCGCCACACGCGCCGUCGUCACAACCCGCCAUCAUGGUGAAACUCGCCAAGGCCGGCAAAACCCACGGUGACUCCAAGAAAAUGGCUCCUCCCCCAAAGGAAGUGGAAGAAGACAGUGAAGACGAAGAAAUGUCAGAAGAUGAAGAAGAUGACAGCAGUGGAGAAGAGGUUGUAAUCCCUCAGAAAAAAGGCAAGAAGGCUACCACAACUCCAGCAAAGAAGGUAGUUGUUUCACAAACAAAAAAGGGUGCAGUUCCCACACCAGCUAAGAAAGCUGUUGCUACCCCUGGCAAAAAGGCAGCAGCCACACCAGCCAAGAAGGCAGUAACACCAGCUAAAGCAGUUGCUACACCUGGUAAAAAGGGAGCCACACAAGCAAAAGCAUUGGUAGCAACCCCUGGUAAGAAGGGAGCUAUCACUCCAGCCAAGGGUGCUAAGAAUGGUAAGAAUGCCAAGAAGGAAGACAGUGAUGAGGAUGAAGACGACGACGAUGAUGAUGAGGAUGACAGUGAUGAAGAUGAAGAUGAUGAGGAAGAGGAUGAAUUUGAGCCACCAGUAAUGAAAGGAGUGAAACCAUCUAAAGUAGCUGCUGCUGCUCCGGCCUCAGAGGAUGAGGAUGACGAUGACGAUGAGGAAGAUGACGAUGACGAUGAAGAGGAAGACGAAGAUGACUCAGAGGAAGAAGCUAUGGAGAUCACACCUGCUAAAGGAAAGAAAGCUCCUGCAAAAGUUGUUCCUGUGAAAGCCAAGAAUGUGGCUGAAGAGGAGGAGGAGGAUGAUGAAGAGGAUGAAGACGAUGAGGAUGAUGACGAUGAUGAAGAGGAGGAGGAGGAAGAUGAGGAAGAGGAAGAAGAAGAGCCUGUUAAAGCAGCACCUGGAAAACGGAAGAAGGAAAUGACCAAACAGAAAGAAGUUCCUGAAGCCAAGAAACAGAAAGUGGAAGGCUCAGAAUCAACAACACCUUUCAAUCUCUUCAUUGGAAACCUUAAUCCAAACAAGUCUGUUGCUGAAUUAAAAGUUGCCAUUAGUGAACUUUUUGCUAAAAAUGAUCUUGCUGUUGUGGAUGUCAGAACUGGUACAAAUAGGAAAUUUGGUUAUGUGGACUUUGAGUCUGCUGAAGACCUAGAAAAGGCCUUGGAGCUCACUGGUUUAAAAGUGUUUGGCAAUGAAAUUAAACUUGAAAAACCAAAAGGAAGAGAUAGUAAGAAAGUUCGAGCUGCAAGAACACUUUUAGCAAAGAACCUUUCUUUCAACAUCACUGAGGAUGAGUUAAAAGAAGUGUUUGAAGAUGCCCUGGAGAUCAGAUUGGUUAGCCAGGAUGGGAAGAGUAAAGGGAUUGCUUAUAUUGAAUUUAAAUCUGAAGCUGAUGCAGAGAAAAACUUUGAAGAAAAGCAGGGGGCAGAGAUUGAUGGGCGAUCUGUUUCACUCUACUACACUGGGGAGAAGGGACAAAGGCAAGAAAGAGCUGGAAAGAAUAGCACUUGGAGUGGUGAAUCAAAAACUUUGGUUUUAAGUAACCUUUCCUACAGUGCAACAGAAGAAACUCUUCAGGAAGUAUUUGAGAAAGCAACUUUUAUCAAAGUGCCCCAGAACCCACAUGGCAAAUCUAAAGGGUAUGCAUUUAUAGAAUUUGCUUCAUUUGAAGAUGCUAAAGAAGCUUUAAACUCCUGUAAUAAAAUGGAAAUUGAGGGCAGAACAAUCAGGCUGGAGUUACAAGGACCCAGGGGAUCACCUAAUGCAAGAAGUCAGCCAUCCAAAACUCUGUUUGUCAAAGGUCUGUCUGAGGAUACCACUGAAGAGACAUUAAAAGAAUCAUUUGAGGGCUCUGUUCGUGCAAGAAUAGUCACUGAUCGGGAAACUGGUUCCUCUAAAGGGUUUGGUUUUGUAGACUUCAAUAGUGAGGAAGAUGCCAAAGCUGCCAAGGAGGCCAUGGAAGAUGGAGAAAUUGAUGGGAACAAAGUUACCUUGGACUGGGCCAAACCUAAGGGUGAAGGUGGCUUUGGGGGCCGAGGUGGAGGUAGAGGAGGUUUCGGAGGCCGAGGUGGUGGCAGAGGAGGAAGAGGCGGAUUUGGUGGCAGAGGCCGGGGAGGCUUUGGAGGUCGAGGAGGCUUCCGAGGUGGCAGAGGAGGAGGAGGAGGGGGAGACUUCAAGCCACAAGGAAAGAAGACGAAAUUUGAAUAGUUCCUUCCAUCCCAAUCUUUCCCGAUUCAUUUUAAAGAAAGGACUCUGGGGUUUUACACUGUUACCUGUUAAAUGACAGAGCCUUUUAAAGGACAUUUCAAAAGAUUUUUUUUCCUACAAUUAAUUUUUUUUUUUUUUUUUUUUUUUUUUUUGCGUUGGGGGUUGUAAAAGAAUGUUUAUCAUGUUUUUUGCUUCAGUGACUUUAGGACAAAUUAAAAGUCCUAAACUCUGGUGCCAGACUUAUACUUCCUAAAGCUUCCUUUUGGAAUGAUGCUUAAGAGCUCGGCAAGACCAACUCUGCUGUUCAGACAGAUUCUGACCAGUGGAAAUUCAAAGUGUGUUCCUUCUGCUUUCAAGAAUCCCAGCUGCAAAUGUGGAAAUUAGUUUGGGGGGACACAGAAGCGUCAUUAUGUUUCUGAUCUGGAAGGUUGGUUGAUUGUAGAUGCUGCAUUUGCACCUAAGAUGGGUGUGCUGGAUAGUGAUUGGUAAAGAGGAGCACAUGGAUCAGUGCUAAAACGGCAGUAAAAGUAAAGCCAUAUAAGAGCUUGUGUGGUAGGUAGUUUGAAUCCCAGCACUUGAGUUCCAGGACAGCCAGUGACCUAACAGGAAGUUUGUUCAGCUAAAGGAAAGAGGCUCCAUCAAAUAUAUUUAGAAGUAUAUGGCCCUUGACCUGUACUUUCCCCAGUGAUCCAUCAAGGAUGUGUUAUUAUACCUAUAUGACUGGCUAUGUGGUAUGACACAGGCGAUUUAGAGGUUAGAGCCUUUCCCAUUUAGAAAAAUAAUUAGGGUGGCACAGGCACUGGAUUUGUAUGGAGCAUUUUUUCUGGGGAGGGGAACCCUUGACUCUGCUAGCAUCCUAGUUAAAAAGAACAGUUAAUGUCUUGUAGCUAAAGCAGCUUAAGGGGAGGGAAUUAGAAAUGGUAGAACUGAUGGAGCUGAGGAGGAACAGGAGGCAAAGGCAGGUAAAUCUAUCCUGUACAGAGUGAGUUCCAGGAUAGCCAGGGCUAUUCAGAAACCCUUACUCGAAAAACAGAGAAAAGAACAAAAAAGGGACAGUCUGACUCUGGUGCUAGCAGGGCAGACAUAGCUGUUUUUUGUUUUUUACAGAGUAAGGAUACAGGAUCAUUACCCUGUAGUGUCAUCAAAACUGGUUUGCAAUUGGAUACCUCCCCCAUUCUUGAAUUGGAGGGACUUGUAGCCAUUUUAGAAGAGUAGUAAGCUGCCUUUAGGAAAUGGUUGACCCUCCUUUCUCUCAUUCUUCCAGCAGGUGGCAAUAUAAGUAUACAUGAAAACUGAGGGAGGAGUGUGUGAGAGGAAGUCGGGCAGAUACCAUGUUUCUCAUCUGUUUUUCACACUAGUGGUGUGGCUUGUUUCCUAUCUAAGGAUGCUAGUGACUGGAGAUUGCCAAGUCUACCAGAUUUCAGUUUACCUGCCUGAUAUUCUUGACUCUAGGCUGAGGUGGGAAGGGAAACAUCCUUGAGGUUUAGAAUUUUUCCUCAUAGGAGUAGCAUCUUUCUGUUUUUUGAGACUGGGAUUCUCUAGCUCUGGCUGUUCUGCCAUCCACCUACUUGCCUCUGCCUCCCAAGUGCUGGGAUAAAGGCAAACACCACCUUCCCUGAUGGGUUAACAUCUUUUAACAAUUCCAUAUGUGUGCGGUCAGAAAAUUACUUUACCAGUUCUUUUCACCUUGUUUUGAAGCAGUCUUGUUUCUUAUGGAUGGCAUACUCAAGGCUAGGUUGGGUUGGUUCUGGCUUUAGUAAUGUGGGGAUUAAAGAUGCAUGCCACCAGGAUUCUUGGUCAUCAGCUACCCACUGAUAGAUCUCCAAGGCCACCAUCUACUUUUGAUAUAGGCUCUCUAUAUGCCCUAGCCUGUUGUGGAACUGUUGUGGCUCAAAGUCCCAGAUCUGCCUACCUCUGGCUCAGAGUGCUGGGGUUAAAGGUGUGUGGCACUUUGCCUAACUCCAUGAUAUAUAUAUGUAUGUAUGUAUAUUUUUUAAUGUCAAAAAGAAAAGUCAGGCAGUGGUGGCACACACCUUUAAUCCCAGCAGAGGUAGGUAAAUCUUUGUAAGCCAGCCUGGUCUACAAACUGAGUUCCAUUACACAGAAACCCUGUCUCAAAAAAAAAAGGGCUUGAGGCCUCUUAUUAAUCUUUUUAAUCCUCAGUAAACCAAUUCUACAUUUAUUUUGGGAGUCUGUAGUUUUGAAUAGGGUUUUACCAUGUAACCCUGAUUAUCUUUGAAAUUGAAAUCUUGCUUCAGAUCCAACUGUUGAGAUUACAAGUGUGUACAACCAUACUCAGUCCUUAGGUUCUUAUUGAAUUCAGCCAUUAUUUUUCAAAUGUCUUUCAGUCACAUCAUUCUCUACCCCUGGAUUUAUAUGCUAAACUAAUCUGAUAACUCAUUGAGGCUAGUUUUUCCCCAUCUUUUUUUUUUUCUUUGAACAUUAAUUUGGAUACUUUCUAUUGAUCUCAUUCUUCUGCUAGGCCUUUUAGGUCUUUAUUUUAAUUUUUAAAAAGUUGGAUUUUAUGUGUAUGGGUAUUUUUGCCUGUAUGUCUCUCUCUUUUUUUUUUUUUUUGGUUUUUGGCUUUUUGAGACAGGGUUUCUCUGUAGCUUUGGAGCCUAUCCUGGAACUCACUCUGUAGACCAGGCUGGCCUCGAACUCACAGAGAUCCGCCUGCCUCUGCCUCCCGAGUGCUGGGAUUAGAGGCGUGCACCACCACCACCGCCCGGCCUGUAUGUGUCUUUAGUAGGUGCAUGCAAUGCCGCUGGAGGCCAGAAGAGGGUGGAUUCCCCAGUUUGAGAGUUAAAGACGGUUGUGAGCUAUCAUGUGGGUGCUGGGAAUCAAACUUGGGUACUCUGGACUCCUAACAGAUGAACCAUCUUUCUAGCCCCUGGAGUAUCUCUUUUCUAGGCUUUUAAUGGUUCCCAGUUGACAAAACCCCUGUUUUGUCAUUUAAUAUCUUCAUCUUUCCUGCAAAAUUCCUAAACAUCUACAGUGAUUGAAGUCCUUAUUUUUAUUUUUAUUUUUUUAUUUUUUUGGCUUUUCGAAGACAGGGUUUCUCUGUAGUUUUGGUGCCUGUCCUGGAUCUCUGUAAACCAGGCUGGCCUUGAGCUCACAGAGAUCACCUGGCUCUGCCUCACGAUUAAAGGCAUGUGCUGCCACUGCCUGGCUACUUGUGCUUUUUCAUAUGUGCGUUGGUGUUUGGCCUGCAUGUAUGUCUGUGUGAGGGAGUUAGAUCCACUGAGUUACAGACACUUGUAAGCUGCCAUGUGGAUGCUGGGAAUUGAACCCAGGUCCUCUGGAAGAGUAGCCAAUACUCUGAAGCACUGAGGCAUUCCCCUUAUUUGUAAUUAUAACAUUAGUUGUGGUUGAACACCUUUUUUAGAUUAUGGACAGUAGUUUAUUUCAUUGCAUGUCUAAACUGGACACUAACACUAAAGAGGCCAUCUCAAUUAUGCUGGCUCAGGUACAUUUUGUUUUGGCAUUUUGCCUUAGGUCUAAGCUGUGACCCUUCUAAUAUUUACCUUUCAGUGAGAAGUAUAAACUGUUGAUCAAACCCCUCCAGUUGGUAGGAACUAGCAUCAGCGCUGAAUUUUUUGUUUUGUUUUUCAAGACAAGGUUUCUCGGUGUAGCUCUUGCUGUUUUAAAAUUCAAUCUGCAAACCAGACUGGCCUUGAACUCCCGGGCUAGCUACUCUAAUCUUUAGCCAGCUCCUUAAUGUUUCAGAUACGGUUUUUCUUCUUGAGCUCAUUGUAAUCUUAGCCAGUGUGGAUAGAAAGUAGAAAUCACUUAAGUGGAAAGUAAGGGGCUCAAUGAUUGAGCACUGGCUGUUCUUGUUGCAGAGGACCCCAGUUCAAUUCCCAGCAUUCAGCUGUUACUUCAUAACAAUCUGUAACUGCAGUUCCAGGGGGUCCAAGGCCCUUUUCUACUCUCUUGGGCACUUGGUGCACAUGAUGCUUAGAAGAUGCCAGCAAAAUGCCCAUAUACAUAAAUUAAAAAUUAAGGGGAAAAAUUAAAAACAAAUUUAAAAAUUAAAAGUUGAAAGCAAUUUUUAAUGACUUAUUUUUAUUUUAUAUGCAUUGAUGUUUUAUCUGCAUGUAUGUUUGAGAGUCAAAUCCCUUAGAGCUGGAGACAGUUGUGAGCUGCCAUAUGGGUGCUGGGGAUUGAACCUCCUCUUGAUGAUUUAAAUCUGUAUUUGCAACUGAUACCAGUGAUUGGUAAUUUCAUUUAUAAACUUGACUGGAUUGAUAAAUGUCUAAGGCAUUAGUGAAAUAGUUACUUUAUAUGUUGCUGUGACAAAACUGGCCAAAGCAAUUGGAUAAAGGAUUUAUUUUGAUAAUUCAAGAGUACAGUCCAUCAUGACAGGGACGUAAAGUGGAAGGAAUUUGAAGAAAAAGAGUGAUGGAUACUUAUACUCAACUAGCUUUUCUCCUUUCCAUGCAGACAGUACUCAACCUAGGGAGUGGUGUACUUCAAUUUGAAGAGUGAAUCUACUUCAUACUUCAAUUAACCUGAUCUAGAUAAUCCCUCACAGAUAUACCUGGAAGCUCAUCUCCCAGCUGAUUCUAGAUCCAGGUCAGCUGACAACAUGGUGAGGCAUACAUUUGAGUAUAUCUGUGAGGGCAUUUUUCAGAGAAUUAGCUGAACUAGGAAGACCUAUCUUAAAUGUUGGUGCUAUUCCAAUGUACUAGGGUCCAGCCUCUGCGCUAGGGUCUUAAACUGGAGAAAAAGCCAAUAGAACGCCUUGCAUCAUCUCUGCUCUGCUCCCUGAUCCGCCCUAAUGUGAGCAAGCAGCCUUAUGCUCCAGCUGUGAGUGACUCUUGUUGCUAUGCCUUCCUUGCUGAUUCUGAAGCCAUAAGCUAAAAUAACAUCUCUUCCCUUAAGUUGCAACAAAGCCUGAACAAAGAACUCUGGUUCCCACUGAGCACCCAUGUAAGAAAUAAAAAAGGGUAGAUAAAUAGGAAGAUAAGGCCUAAGAGACCGAAAGAUGAGCUAACCUGGAGUCUGCCUGAGGGCCUAGCAAUGGGCGCUGUCACCUGAUCAGGCCUAGCCAAUGAGGGGCGACCAUGCAAUGUUUCUGGAUCAGGACACAGUCUGGUGCUAGGAGGAGGGUAUAUAAAGCUCUCCCCAUUGCUGAAUAGAGAAGUCCGCUAUUUGCCUUUUACCUGACUCUUGGUGUCUGUGCCAUUGACUCCAUGCCUUCUCACCCCCUCCCCUGAGGGGGUAAUAGGACCCAGCAACAACAGAUGACUCAAGGGAGCCCAUGGUAGAAAAGAACCAACUCCCAAAAGUUGUCCUCUGACCUCCACAUAUAUGUGUAUGCCCUCAUUUCCCCAUCUCUCACACACAUAUACACAAGUUGAAUUUAAAACACAAAUAAAUGAAUAAACUUGCUUUUAUACAUUUA